CCGAACCAAACCGCGAGCGUAUAUAAACACAUGUAAACCCGCACCAUCUCCCCCUCGAUCGAUUCAAUUGUCUGCUCCCGAUUCCCUCGACUUCGCUCUCCCACCCUCCACGUUUCUCGCCCACUCCUCCUCCUCCCUUCUCUCCCUUCCCAAAACCCCUCCCUUUGCCUCGUCCUCCGCCGCCUCGAUCGCUCGCUCCGGUCAUGGGGAGGUGCGUCCUGGUCACGGGCGGCGCCGGUUACGUCGGGAGCCACACCGUGUUGCAACUCCUUCUGGAAGGGUUCACCGCAGUCGUCGUCGACAACCUCGAUAACUCCUCCGAGUUCGCUGUCCAGCGCGUCGCCCAACUCGCUGGCGAGUUCGGCAAAAACCUCACAUUUCACCGGAUUGAUAUUCGGGAUAUAGAAGCAUUGGAGAAAGUAUUUUCUACAACAAAGUUUGAUGCUGUUAUACAUUUUGCUGGUCUGAAGGCAGUGGGUGAAAGUGUUCAGAAACCCUUGCUUUAUUACAAAAAUAAUAUCAUUGGUACAAUUGCUCUUUUGGAAGUAAUGGCUGCAUAUGGAUGCAAAAAGCUGGUAUUCUCAUCAUCAGCUACUGUUUAUGGAUGGCCUAAGGAUUUACCCUGUACAGAGGAAUCCCCUUUGUGUGCAAUGAACCCAUAUGGUCAAACUAAGCUUAUGAUUGAAGAAAUAUGUCAUGAUAUCCAUCGUGCAGAUAGUGACUGGAAGAUAAUGCUAUUAAGAUAUUUCAAUCCUGUCGGAGCUCAUUCCAGUGGACAUAUUGGUGAAGAUCCUCGUGGAAUUCCCAAUAAUCUCAUGCCACUAAUCCAGCAAGUUUCUGUUGGGAGGAGACCUACACUAGCAGUAUUUGGGAAUGACUAUUCAACCAAGGAUGGUACAGGGGUAAGGGAUUACAUCCACGUUGUUGAUCUAGCAGAUGGACAUAUUGCAGCUCUGCAUAAGUUCUUUGAGGACCCCAACAUAGGCUGUGAAGUUUAUAAUCUAGGAACUGGCAAUGGAACAUCAGUGUUGGAAAUGGUGGCAGCAUUUGAGAAGGCUUCAGGCAAGAAAAUUCCUCUGGUCAUGGCUGGAAGGCGACCUGGUGAUGCUGAAAUUCUUUAUGCAUGCACUGCCAAAGCAGAGAAGGAACUAAAUUGGAAGUAUGUAUUUUCGAGCAAAGUACAGCAUCGAAGAAAUGUGCCGUGAUCAGUGGAACUGGGCUAGCAAGAACCCCUGGGGAUACGGUCUACCUGAUCCUGCUAACUGAGGAAUCUCUUAACAUAAUUUCUUCAAUGAAUUUAGAGAGAGAUCACUAAUUGUGAACAUAAUGGCAUGUAAAUGUGGAAUAGGUCCAGCUGAUAUAUUUGUCAUAUAAUGUGGCAUGAAUAAAAAAUGCUUCUGUUCUGAUAUAAUGGGAGCAUUAUAGUAAAAAGGCAUCUUUGCUUUCUUUUUUUCUAAAUAUCUAUUCUUUGUCUCUUUUUUGGCAUCUUAAACUUAUGGCUUCCUCCACGCUUUUCUAUUCUGCUAGGUGGGGCUUCGGAGGCUGAUUCGGCCUAUGACUGGGAACAAAUGAUAAUAUAAAUGAUAUAUACACGAGAAAUUCAAAAACCAGUAGUUGAAACUUUCACUCUGGUUUGGUGCUGCCUCAGAUUCCAAACUUUUUGCUUAUUGCUGUUUCUUUUUAGUCUCUUACUGGUUGGUAAUCUGAAAGCUUGCAGUGUCUCCUGAAUGUCUCGAGGCAAUAUAUUGAUGCAGAAGUUUUCUGUAAUAGAAGAUGCUGUAUAUGUGUGUGUUGACACAUUGCUUUUAUUUAUGGAUGCGUGUGAUAACAUAAAUAAGACACCCCAUUUUCUUA